AUGCCCUUGAAAGUUCAGUCUAGCUCAGCAAACGUAGUGGAAAGACAUCAACCCAUCUCCUCUCGUAGAAUCAAAUCUAUCCCAUUCCCCUUCUUAGCCUCUUUGAUCCUACUUGUUAUCUUAGCUUUACUUUACGUCAUGGGUUUAGGUAAUUUGUUAUCAGGAGGAAUUCGACAACACUUCAAUAAAGGAUCAACAUCAGAUCCAAAUCCCGAAUAUGAUAGUAAGGAAGUGGAGCAUUUUUCAUCCAACAGUGGGGGCAAAAGAGUCGUUGGUUAUUUUGUCAAUUGGUCAGCUAUAUUUCCAGAUUUACAAUUUACGAGGGAUUUUAAACUGAGUUUCAUAUUAUCUCCUUUGGAUAGGGGUAUCUACGGUAGAAAAUACUUUCCUCAACAAAUCCCAGUGAAUCAAUUAACUCAUAUCAAUUACGCAUUCGCAAACGUUAACAAGGAAACUGGGGAAGUGUUUCUAAGUGACUCAUGGGCUGAUGUAGAGAUCCACUUCGAGGGGGAUUCAUGGAAUGAACCUGGAACAAACCUGUAUGGUUGCUUCAAAGCCAUUUAUUUGAUGAAGAAGAGAAAUAGAAACCUCAAGGUUUUGCUCUCGAUUGGAGGAUGGACCUACUCUCCUAACUUUGUCAAUAUCGUAAACCACAAUUGGAGAAGGAGAUUUGUGGAAACAGCUGUCAAACUUGUGGAAGAUCUUGGAAUUGAUGGGCUUGACAUCGAUUAUGAAUACCCCCAAACAUCUGAACAAGCCGUUGCGUACGUCAGCCUUCUCGGUGAACUUCGUACGGGUCUUGUCAAACUCGCACAAAGCAACAAUCAACCUGCGUCUCAAUACCAAUUGACUGUCGCUGCUCCAUGCGGAAUGCAGAACAUGAAGAUUCUUAGAGCAAGGGAUAUGGAUGCGGCGUUGGAUUUCUGGAAUCUGAUGGCAUAUGAUUUCGCCGGAUCAUGGGAUCAGGUCGCCGGUCACCAAUCGAACCUUUACGCAGACAACCCUGAAGCUAAUUCCGUUGAUAAAGCAGUCAAGUUCUACAGUCUCCAAGGUAUUCCAACAGAGAAGCUUGUUGUCGGCAUGCCUUUGUACGGUCGAGCAUUCGCUAAUACCGACGGGAUCGGUCGUCCUUACCAGGGUACCGGUCCAGGUUCUUGGGAAGAUGGCAUGUGGGAUUAUAAAGUUCUGCCCCAACCUGGUGCGCAAGAAGUCAACGAUACUCGUCUCGGUGCUUCGUACAGCUACGAUCAACACAAGCGUCUUUUGAUCACCUAUGACUCGCCUACGAUAGCUCGUCGAAAGGCUCAUUAUAUAAAAUCGCAAGGUCUCGGAGGGGCUAUGUGGUGGGAGCUGGAUGCGGAUAAAGACUCAUACUCCAAUCAAAGUUUGGUCAAGAUUGUGAAAGAUGAAUUUGGGACUUUGGAACAAAGACCUAACGAGUUGAACUAUCCUCAUAGCAAAUAUGAUAACCUGAGACGUGGAAUGCCAGGACAGUAG